UUUGCUGCCGAGUCCGAGUGCCGUGCAGAGUGAUGUCACUUAGAUUUAUAUUGCCCUAUCUUUAAAGUUUCUUGAUGUUCAAAAAACACAAAUAAAUAAAACAAAAUUAAAUCAUUUCACUAUCCAUACACAUAACAAAGCUUCAGACUUAAAAUAUUCGACUAAACUUCAUAAAUUUGAAAAAAAUUUUAACUCAUGAAUAAGUUUAUUUUUGCUCGACACAUUGUGUAGACAAAACUUCAAACAAAGAAUUGGAAUCGCCUUCGAUCCGAUCAACGUAUGUACCUCCUACUUUUAAAAAGAAAUCCACUAUUUCCAACAGACAAACGUCAAUUCGGUGUAAAAAGCAAAUCUUUUCAAGUGGAACCAAUUCGAUUGCGUUAUUUGAUUAGUUGCCUUGCAUAGAAUCCAAUCACAUGGCCAAGGUAAUCUCCCAAGAAACCUUUGACGACGUAGUAAAGGAGAAUAUUGUCGAUUUUUCAAUGAGUCCCGAAGAAGCCAAAGAGGAGACUAUUAAGCAAUUCGAAGCCCAGGGAAUUAAUCUGGCUAAUAUAAUCAAGGAUUUGUCUAUCAAUAAGGAAACUGGUGUUCCAAUAUUAAAUGAAGCAAUAGAUCAACUAAAAACUCUUAUAGGUGAAAAGUCAACAGACACUAAACAACUUCUCAAUUAUUUGACUGUCCUCGACGAUGAAUGCAAAAAGUCAAUCCCACACCGGGUUUUAGCUGGAAAAAAUGGAGCCCACAACAUAAUAAUUACACUGCUUGAACAAGAAUUGUCAUCGUCCAAACCAGAUGAAGAGAUUCUUAAUAAGUGCGUACAAGCAGCAAUAUCAUUGACUAAUAAACAACCGGAUCUCUUCGAUGCAGAGGCCUUAGCAAUGGUGUUGAAACUCUUGAGCACCCAACCAAAAGAUGAAUUGCUUAGGUUGACUUUGCAAUGGCUUGGGAAGGCGUGCAUAAUGCACGAAAUGAAUCGGCAAAAUAUCAUGAAUGCAGACAUUAUAAAGCAAUUGAAACCGUUAGUCCUUGUAAAAAAUCCAAAUGUCAUGAAGGAUGUUUGUGCCGUUCUCAGAUAUUUAGUUUUGGAUGAUGAUAUUCGUGUGGAAUUUGGAAAGGCUCACGAGCAUGCACGCUCAAUUGCUGCAGAAGUAGUUGUUGAUUUGUGCAAGCGGUUAGCUGAGUUCGAUGACAUAACCGUUCUGGCCGACAUGAUUUUAACAAUUGGAACCUUGGCAGUGCGCAAUGAAUUUUGUGUUGUCAUUGAAGAAGCUGGAGGCCUUAAAUUGGUUCUUGAAAUAAUGAAUAAAAACAAAGAUGCCUUAAAACUGAAUCGGGAAGGUUUAAAACUUCUACGUGCCUUAGCUGGUAAUGAUACAACAAAAGCUCACAUUAUUCAGCAAGGUGCUGCUCCUAUUAUAAAAGACCUACUGCAAACUAAUAUGAACAACGAAGCAAUUGCUACAGCAGCUCUAGCAUGCAUCUCCACUUUAACAUUAAGAGUCAAAGACAACAGUACUGCAUUUUUCGAGACUGGCAUUGCCGAACCUAUAGUCGAAACCAUACGAUUGCAUCCCAAAAAUAAAAUGGUCCAGAGAAAUGGAGCAUGGGCAAUAAGGAAUAUGGUUUGCAGAUCUCGUGAUCAAUGUGAUAGCUUCCUUUCCUGUGGGGCUGAGGACCUAUUGAAUGCUGCCAUGGCUGAGCAUCCUACAAUAAAUCAAGAUAUAAAAGCAGCUCUACGUGAUUUGAACUGUAAAGUUGAUCUCAAAGAAGAAUUCACCGGUAAAGCAGAAAAAAUCAUUUCAAAGGAAUAAAUAUUUACAUGAGUUUGUCAAUUAUUUACUAACAAAAAAUAAUCAUAUUAUAAUUUAAUAUUCAUUAGAUUCGAAAAAAAUGCAAAAAUAGUUAAACUUGCGCAAGCCAGAAACUAAACAUUCGGAUAAAGUAAAAAAAAAUUUCAACACUCAUAUGUAACUUAAACUUAAUUUAAUAAUAACAUACUAUUGUAAUAUUUUUAUAUGCUAUAAAAUAAUACAUUAAACAAUUUAAACACAAUAAA